AUGGAGGUGACUCACUUAUUAAAUGCUGAUGACACUAUGGUUUUCUGCGAAGCUGAACAAGAACAAAUUUGCUACCUAAGGGUGAUACUGGUGAUCUUUGAAGCUUGCUCUAGGUUGAAGAUUAAUUGGAGGAAAAGCAAUAUUUUUCCAGUUAAAGAGGUGCAACAAAUUCAGCCUCUAGCAGAUAUUUUGAGGUGUAGGAUAGAGGAUUUGCCCAUAAUUUAUUUGGGAAUGCCAUUGAAUGCUAAUCACAAAGCUGUGAAUAUAUGGGAUGGAAUAAUAGAGAAAUCACAAAAAAGACUAGCUCUUUGGAAAUCACAAUACCUUUCCUUGGGAGGUAGAGUUGUUUUGAUCAAUGUAGUCCUAGAUUCUCUACCAACAUAUGUAAUGUGUUUAUUUCCCAUCCCCAGUGAGGUGGUGAAAAUCUUAGACAAGUUGAGGAGGGAUUUCUUAUGGCAAGGAAGCAAGAUUGAGAAAAGUUUCAACCUGGUAAAAUGGAGCGCAGUUCAGCAAAGCAAGAGUUUUGGAGGUCUAGGAGUAAGGAACCUAAAGCUUUAUGAUAAGAGUUUACUUAUCAAAUGGCUAUGGAGAUUUACUCAAGCAAAUCAGUCCUUGUGGAGGGAGAUUAUCCUUCAUAAGUAUGGUCCGGAGGGGCAGAGCUGGCUCAUGCUGAACAUACUGCAGACUUGCUUAGCUGUUGGAUCAGAAGAGGAGGAAGCAAAAGCCAAAAAAUAUGGUGGAGAACAGUCCCAGCCUGCAUCUGGUGGACCAUUUGGAAGGAGUUGA